CCAACUAUUUUACUGCAGUUGUGCUUCAUGAAUCUUUAUUCUUUGCAGAGUGUCUUCAAAACUGAGAAGAUGAGAACAUAUUUGAUCUUGGUGGGUCUGCUGUCUAUAUGCAGCCUCUCCAUUAGUCAAGAAUGUAAUUCAAGGCAUCUGGUCAAUGUGGAUUUUCCGGGAACAGACAUAACAUCUGUCUACUCUCCUGAUGCUGAGCACUGUCAGCACAUGUGCACCCAGCACCCUUCCUGUCUCUUCUUUACCUUUAUCCGCGCUGACUGGACCAGAGAUAACAGGCACUUCUACUGCUACCUCAAGUCCACUAGGUCUGGACAGCCCAAUGUUCAGACUCCACUUCUGGGCGUCACCUCUGGCUUUUCUCUCAAACCCUGCAGCCCAGACCCACAGCCUUGCCUGUCCGAGGUGUACCCGAACGUGGACUUCCUAGGGGCAGAUUACCAAACCUUGUUUACAGCAGACUAUGAAGAGUGUCAGAGAGCCUGCACACAGGAACCUGCCUGUCAGUUCUUUACUUACGUAAAUGGAAUCUUUUCACUGGAGAAGAUCAGGUACAAGUGCCACCUUAAAUUCAGCUGGACAGUUCCAACACCUCCUAUUGUGAUGGCAAAAGUCGGAUGUGUGUCCGGAUUCUCCCACAAAACACAAAUAAAUCAAACCCUUAACUCAGCAUGUCAAGGCAAGUUUUUCCCAAGCACUGCCAUCCCAGGAAAUGACAUCCAGACACUGCCUGCUGCCUCUCCUGAACAUUGUCAGGCUCUGUGCUCUGUUCAGCCACGCUGCACCUUCUUCUCUUUUGACAGUUCUAAUUUUAAUUGUCACCUGAAGAACAAUGUGCAUGAAAUGGUGACCAGAGCUAAAGAAGGAUUCACAUCUGGGUUACCAACACGCUUCUGUCAGCUGGAUAACAGCUGGAUGAAGGUGGCUCAUGAAGAUGUAGAUUUUCAAGGUUCUGAUAUUCUCUAUGAGCUGAUGAAUGAUGCAGAACUAUGUCAGAGGAAUUGUGACGAGAAUGCUAACUGCCAGUUCUACACCUAUGUCAACGAAAACUUCUUCAACCCCGUUUAUAAGGAUCGCUGUUAUCUCAAGCGUGUCGUCACCAUGCCUGCUCCUCCUAAAGUUACCAAACUGGCCAAUGCCGUGUCUGGAUUCUCUCUAAAGAACUGUGUGCAGGGUGCUCUGCCCACACAUGGAGACGUUUUAAUAAAAUAAAGAAAGAAAAAAAUAAAGUGCAGAAGACACAAAUAAUCCAGUAAAAGCAGCAAGCAAAAUGUGUGGAGAAUUUUAUUUACAUGAUAUAUGUGAUCACUGGCCUCCUCACUCCAUGUUGAACCUUCCUCUUUUCAGCUUGUUGCACCACAUCUAACUGUGACAUGUACUGUUGCAUCACAUGCAUCCUCCAGACCUGGUGCUUUAAUACUUCAAUAUUGCACUUGGUUGAAACAUCAUCUGAUCAAUAUAUAUUUAAGCUGUGCGUAAACAAAAGCAAUAAAUAUUUUUGUUUUCAGCCUCCUCUUAGAGAUAUAUGGAAUGUAGGAGAAAAAAAUUGAUAUGACAUAUAUCUGUCAGCUAUUCAGAUGUAUUUUCUUGUUUAUAA